AAAUAAUGUUCUAAACGCCGUUUUCUUAUCCACGCCGUCAGGACCUUAUUGGAGACUAACGCUUACCAGCACCGCGAGCUUACCACCGAUAGCCUAAAUUGUCAGAAACGAGCUAUCUCUUGCUUUUAUACAGAUUUGAAUUGUAUGUUGAUGCUCAAUUGCUGUUUAGGAUCUGUUUUAUAAAAGAACGAGCUGAAAGAUCUGAUUUUAAAGGAAUUGUCCCGAUUUCAUAUCUUUCGCUCAACAUACACGCAAUUGGUUUAAAUUACUAGACCAUUUUUGGGUCUCCUCUUCAUUUCAACACAGUCCAGCUGGUUUGCUUUCUUCAGUCCUACGGAUGCCAUCUCGACAUCAUUCAACAGUAGACCGUGAGCCUACUCCGUAUCCAGCUGCGCUACUUGAAAGUCCAGAGAAAUCAAAAGAUAUAAGCGACUCAGUCAAUGAGGAUGAUGAUGAUGUCGUUUCCGAACCCGCUCGCAACGAGUUGAGGCUUGACGGUUAUUGUUCGCAGGAACCUGUGACAACGAAUCAGCAAUUUGUUGCUCCAUCAGAUGUACAGUACUCCUCAAGCCAACCAAUAACUCGAAAACGUAUUUCUCUGCCUACUCAUUCAUUACCAAAACGAGCCCGACCGAAGCGACCCUCAUUACAGAACCCUGUUAUGAGUAACCUCGAUCAAUACAUCGCACCUCUUCACAAGCAUCACAGAUUAUUAGUUCAACAUCAAUACUUACCGGGUGGAUACAAACGAUUAACACAAUCAGAAGUUACGGUUGACAAUCUUCGACAGACCGGGUUUCUUGAACCCAUUGUAUUUCCUUCUUUUGAUGCACAUGCAAAUGAGUUGCUUACUCUUCGUAGAAUUGCCACGCUUAUUGGAUACGAUUGUCCACUGGCUCUUGUUGAUGUUGUGACUCAGCGUCAAAUUAAAAACAAAAUGAAUAUGAAGGAGUGGAUAGACUACAUGUCGGUUACGCCUCAAAAACGGGCUCGAAUUUACGAUGUUCUAAGCCUAGAAGUCUCUACAACCAAACUAAAAAACUACGCACGCAAACCAGACAUUGUGAGGGAUUUUGAUUUGAUUAAUCUUGUGUGGCCGCCUUGUUCCUAUGCAAUGGGCGAUCAUCCUCGUGUGGAUACCUACUGCUCUAUGUCCGCAGAAAAUGCUUAUACCGAUUUUCAUGUUGAGUUCGGGGGCUCCUGUGCUUACUAUGACAUUGCAAAAGGGUGCAAGCAGUUUUAUCUCAUUCCCAAUUCAAAAAAAAAUUUAGAGAUUUACGAGAACUGGCUGUAUUCUAAAGACGAACGAACAGAAAGCUUCUUACCAAAUCUUGUCGACUGCUGCUACCGUGUCGAAGUUCAUAAAAACGAGACAAUAGUCAUUCCGUCAGGGUGGAUUUAUGCAGUUGCUAACCUUUGUGAUACAACUGCUAUUUCCGGCAAUUUCCUCACGUCCCUUCAUUUGAAGCAGGAGCUGGAUGUUUUUGAUAUGGAAAAACGUAUGGGAAUCAAAAGUUACUAUCAAUAUCCAUGUUUUGAGAGUAUUAUGUGGUAUUCCGCGCUUUAUUUUUACUUCUCAUUUCCGGACGAAGCUCCUCGUGAUGAGAUUGACAUUAAGUUAUCCGUGUAUGAAACGGGUGCUCUGUUACCAGUAGAGUCAUUCACAGGUCAAGAAUUGGAAGGAUUUGAACAUUUGCUUGACUUUAUCUUCAUACAAUCCCAGCUACUUCUGACCUUUGAACAGCCUAUAAAUACAAAAGGCGAGUAUGUGGAUUUACCGAAUCAAGAUUACAAGACGGCGUAUCGAAUGGUUCCUCCAGUGCUUGAUGAGACCUGUUUAAGUUUCACAAAAAAAUUCGGUACUUGGCUGUCGUUUCACAAACAUUCUGAGAUAGAAUUGCCAAAACUGACCAAAAACAAUUAUCGGGACAACAAAAGCCAAACGAGAGCUUCUCGGAAAGGACGGCGACGAAGGCAGCAACAACAGACGCUGAAGCUUUUGCUUGAUAAUGUAUCUGUUAAAACCAACAAGGCCGUUUUGAGCCGCUACAAACAACAUAAAGUUCUGCUGAAAAAGAAGCAAGCAUUGUUGCGGUUGAAAGAGCGGUCUCAAAAAAAAAGAGAUUGCUUCGAAUUUGAAGAGUCUCCGGAAGUGAUUCAAUUGGUGAACACCGAAAUGAAUCCUGACGAAAGCAGCUGGGAGGAUUCAGAGACGCGGAGUUUUUUCUUCCCUUCACCAUCUAAUGGACUGGGGGACAACGAUUUUAUUGAACUUCUAAAUGCUUAUGUUGAUUCUGAAAGCGUACCAGCAUCCAAUGAUCAAUCCAAGCAAAGCUCAAUCGAGUCGCGUACAGUGUAUGAUUCACUCUCUGUCACUUUUCUCCCUGAGCAGUCGAGCAACAAUUCCUUUGACACUAGUCAAAGUAUCGUUUCUAAUGAUCUUUUUUACGACAAAGACGGUUCUACCACGCUUGUGGAUGUUGAGGCACAGUUACCGACUGUCCAGGCCACUGAUACUCUGGACUUAAUCAGUUUCAGUGACCUAAAAAGGGAAAUGGAUUUAUUUCCCUCAAUGACUGAGACAACUUUGGAGUCAAAUCCUAAUCAUAUGUUUAUUCUUCCAAAGGAAGAGCCGACUGAGACUCUUCAGCCUCAACCUGUAUCCAAUGAGAAUUGUUUGCAGCUUGUACUGCAUAGCAGCUCGUCGUUUUACAAGAAGUAUUAUUAAGACUUCAUUACGUAUUUUACUCUCCGUUUAUCUUCUUCCAUGUCUUCACUUUCUUCCUUUCUCCCCCCUUUACGAACCUUGAUUCUGUUGUAUUUAUCUAGUUGUGUUUUAUUAUCCCUUUUUGACAGUAUAUGAUAUCAGUUACUUCGUUUUUUACAAAAAUGAUGUAGCUCAUUACAAUCUUUUUCAUUUGUUCCAUAGCUUUGUGUGAAGGCUUUAUUAUAUUACAAAUGGGUUAAAGUUGAACAGUUUAUUAAUUAUAAAAAAGAUACCAGGUAACGGAAUUUGCCAAAAAACGAAAACAAAUUCCGACAUCUGUAUAAAUAAAAACAAUUUCAAUUGACGGACUGAAAAAUAAAUUUACCGAUUAACCCCAGA